UUGACUGUAUUGGAAGAAAUCGUCAAGAAACGGACUGGCAGCCACUUCGCUGCGUCUGAGGGGGGUGCUGCAUGCUGCUCUGUACCUGUAGGAGUGGUAGAUGAAUAUCCGAAGACACCUAUCUCCUUGAAAGCCCCUUGGAUCCUCGCAAGGAGAGUCUCGCAAGAUUAUAUUAAGGGGGGAAAGGAGAAGGAGAGUUGGAGUUGCUGACUUCCAGUUGUGCUUUGGGCAAUGUGAUCUAGCACGUGUUUCUGCCUGGGGUAUCAAUAUUCGCCUGAGGCAACCCCAUGCGAUGCUCCCCUCGCCCAAAGAACACAUCUGAAAGACUUCAUCUCGCUCCAAGGAGCACGUCAGUACAACAAGACGAAGGACUCAACUUGAAGGGACAAUUAGCUAUCUUGUCAGUGAAAAUUGAUAGGGAAAAUGCAUGACCAAGGAUAUCAUUGAAAAUGUGAUAAAGCUUUAUCUGAAUCUACCCAAUAAUAAGAAAUCCACAAAUGCCAUAAUCUUGAAAGUCUUUGAACCAUUCGCUCUUUCAUCUAUGCUGCUUGUUCGGCUCGAUUGCCCGACCUUGCCCCCUGUUGAGAUGGUAUUGAAGCUUUUCGACCGGCGAUUCGCAACACAGCUUCGGGAAGAGGGAAAGAAUAGUGGUUGGAAUUCUGAUAUUGAAAAGAAGUAUCACCAAUUCAUGACAGACGGGGGUGCGUCAAAGUUCAUUGCUGAACUUGAGGCGGAAAGCAAAGCAACACAUGAAAAUGAUCAUAGUUGGUCUCCUUCUCAGGACGAGGCUUAUCUUCAUAACCACUUACGGAGUCUUUAUGAAAUAGAAGUCGAAGUGUAUAACACAUUGAAGGAUUUACAAGGGGAAGUCAUUCCACAGUUCUUUUCAUGCAUCACGACACCCAGUUUUCCAGCAGCAGACACUGCGCAAGUGGAUGAAUAUACCAAAAUCCAUGGCUUCUUUCUACAACAUAUUGAAGGUUUCCCUGUCUGAUAUUGCCAGCCAUGCUCCAAGAGAGAGCUGGCAAGUCAUAUGCGAAGAAGCCAUUUGGAUCAUCCUUCUGAUCAGUGAUCAUGGAAUACUAAAUGAGGAUAUCAUGACAAGAAGUUUUAUUGUUCAAAAGCACAUGGAUAAUAACUUUAAUAUUUUUAUGAUUGACUUUGCACUCUGCAACUUCCGUGAAAACUAUGAAGGUGAAAAUGACUGCAAUUAAUGGAGGGCAAUCCAGGAUGAGGAGGGGGCCAUUGAGUAUGUCAUGCAGAGGCGACUCGAAGGUGGUUUUGUUUACAAUCGGUCUGCUCAAUAUGAGAUGCUGGACGAGGACUACAAAAUAGGGGAAUGCGGCUGGUAUUAUCAAUUUGCUGCAGGCCUGGUUACCUCCAUAUAGCACUUUCUUAAAUGAAAAACAAAAAGGGUGAA